AUGAUUUUUCUACACUACCAUCUCCAUCAGGGAUUGAAGGAUGAGUACUUAACUGUCAAAGACCCACUUGAGCUAUGGACAGGCUUGGCAGAUAGAUUCGCUCAUCAAAAGACUGCUGUGCUCCCUAUGGCACGUUAUGAAUGGACGCAUCUGCGCCUUCAAGAUUACAGUUUUGUGAUAGAUUACAAUUCUGCCAUGUUCAGGAUCACCUCCCAGAUGAAUCUUUAUGGAGAAACUGUCACUCAGGCCCUGAUGCUUGAAAAGACCUUCUCCACCUUUCAUGCCUCAAAUAUGGUCUUACAGCAACAAUACCGAGAAAGAGGAUUCACCAAAUACUCUGAUCUCAUCUCUUGUCUUCUAGUGGCUGAGCAAAACAAUGAGCUCUUAAUGAAGAACCAUCAGUCUCGCCCUACAGGAUCACAUCCAUUCCUUGAAGCGAAUGUUAUUUUUACUAGUGGUCAUGGACGUGGUGGAAGGCAUAACAAAGCCCAUAAAUGUGGCUGUAGACAUGAUCAGGGUCGACAAAAUGGUCAAACUCAUGGGGGCUACAACCAGCAGUUGGGUCCAAGGAACAAUGCCAAGAUUACUAAAGGAAAUGGUCAGAUGAUCAAAACUCAUAAAAAUGAAGACAAUGUUUGUCUUAGAUGUGGUGGUAAAGACUAUUGGGCUCGUUUUGAAAUUGUACUUAUGUGA